AGAUAAUGCUAACGCCCAGAGUGGUGCAGGUGGGAAGACGACGAGGGGGAAGGGCAAGGGCAAGACGGUGAACGGAAAAGGAAAAGGGAAGGGGAAGGGAAAGGAGGAUGAUAAGACGAGGCGGACUGCAAGGGGGGUGAGGAUGUUUUUGGUGAUAGAGAGAGCGGAGAGGUUGAAGGAGUCGAUGCCGGAGAUGAUCGUACCGUUGACUAGAUUAGCGGAGUUGUCUAAACUCGAUAUAACGACGUUCUUCGUAUCUGAAGUUCAAUGGGAAGAUAUCAAGCCUCCUCUCGGCGCUGCGAUCGACCCGUACAGAAUGGUGGUAUUGGCGCCAACUGCGCAGGCCGUCGUCCAACGUCUCUCCUCUUCCUUCCCUACCCCUUCAUCGACAUUGCUCCAAAACACCACCCCAUCACCCUACUCUCCCUCCCUCCGUCCUCUCUGGAGCGACUUCAUAUCGUCCCUCGUCAGCGUCCUCUUCAUGUACACAAACGACGCUUCCGAGCUGGCCUACGUAGCCGCUGCGCUAUGGCCUGGGUUCGUCAAGCCGGUGUUAGAGGCGUAUGAGGAGCUGAGGGAGGAGGCUAGAGCAGCCCGCGGACAUGUGAAUGAGCAUAUUACAGAGCCGGGAAUUGAUGACUGCGAGGUGGGAGCGUACGAAGAUGAGGAAGUGGGAGAAGAGGAAGGAGAUCUGGAGACGAUAGCAUACAACGCGCGCAUGCGUCUCAUCCACUAUUUCUCACCCUCAUACACCGCCGCGCUCAACGACCUCUACCCGCGCCUAACCAACGCGCUAGACUGGUCUCGAAAAAAUCUACCGGAGCGGGGCGCGCUAGAUAGAGGGGGGCGGGCCUCCGCGCCCAAUAGUCCUCGGAAGCGAGGAGAACGCGAGAUUGAUGCUGCGAAGGAGAAGGCGGCGGGAGAGGCGGCGGAGGAAGAGGGCGUGUGUAGGCUUCCGAGGAUGUCGAAGUUUGUGCUGGUGGCUGCGUUUGUGGCGUCGACGAACCCUGCGAAGACGGAUUUGAGGAUGUUUGGGAGGGGGAGGGAUGAGAGGAGGAAGGGGAGGAAGAAGGGAGGGGGGACGAGGAAGUCUGUAGGUGGGAAGGCUGGGAAUGCGAAGGUACCGCAAAGACUGCUAGGCCCAAUGGUCUUCCCUCUCGAUCGACUGCUUGCUAUACUAGGCAUCCUACUCGAAGAACAUGACGCGGAUUCGAGGCCUGAUCUCCCUGACUUGGAAUCAGCGCUAUCUGGAGAGUACACAGAGCUGGAACUGGGGAGGGUCCAUGUGCUCGGCGCCAUCUCGGAGCUCGCGAACAUGGGCUUCCUCCACCGCGCAUCGGCCCCAGAAAAGAUAGACGGCCCGCCGACGUUCAGGUGUGGAAUUUCGUACGAGGCUGCGAUGGCGCUCGGGAGGGAUUUGGGCGUUGGGGUUAGGGAUUUGAUGUGGGAGAGUUAUUGAGAGGGUGGUGAUGAAUGUCACGGAGGUUACCCAUUGCCGCACUACUGAAAGCAAGACUUGAUACUAACUAAUAGCUCGGGCCUGGGCCAUGUCUUUCGGCGUUCCCGACAAGGCUAAGGAAGGCCAAGAAUGUGUCGUUUGGUCUAUUCUAUGUCCUCAUCCUCCUACAGUAUGCUUGGCCAAAGUAUGGAGUGACUACCACUAUGUAAGUCAUACGCCUAGCCAGGGGUUGCCCCUACCUCUUCUGACGUGAUUCCAUAUCUUUGUUCGGGUGGAUGCCUCGACGAAC